AUGGCUGACGCCCCGGACGAAGCGAUCUUUCGGCUGGCGCCGAUGUGUCUCGUACAAUUUUACGUGACCAUUGAGCUUGCUCGUGACCUCGUGUUUCAACUCGGCCAACAAGGCUGUGUUCACUUUCGAGACUUGAACCUGAAACUUACUCCAUUCCAAAGAACGUUCGUUGAUGAAGUCAAGCGCAUUGAUGAAUUAGAGGCGAAGCUCAGAUACAUUCGUGGCCUCAUGGACAAGUACAAUACGUUGCUGCUGUAUUUCGAUGUUCUGGAAGCCACAGCUCAACGUCUCUGUCCAGUGCUGGAGUAUGAUGCAAUCAGCGACAUCAUCCAUUCCGCCAGUUCUCGUCUUGAACAAUUGGAUGAGUCAUACGAUCGUCUCCAGCUGCAACUUGAUCGGUUGCUGGAAAACAAGCUGGUGCUCGAGGCAUAUACUGCAUUCACAUCAAACACCCUCACUGCAGCACGAAUGCUGACAGAUCUCGACGAACUGGAUCGGUUGCGCAUGUAUGAGGAAUUCGACAUUGUUCUGGAGGAUGAGAGUGACACAGAAAAUGUGGCUCUGACUAACAGCAUGGCCGGUACUAUCGAUAAAAAUAAAAUACCCGUGUUGCGGAAAGUGCUCUGGCGUGCAUUGAGAGGUAACCUUUAUUUCAAUGAGGUAGAGCUUCCAGACCAUGACCGCCUGGUGUUCAUUCUUUUCGCUCACGGUGAUGUGCUCAAGGCGAAAGCCCGAAAGAUCAUCGGCACGUUGGACGGGGUCAUCUACGAUAACGUCAAGGGAUCAAGAGCCAUGCGCCAGGAAACCAUCGAUGAAAUUAAUGCGAAGGUUUCUGACUUGAACAAUAUCGUUGACUCAACCAAGCAGCACUUGGUCACCGAGCUCAUGUUGCUUCAAGAACGCUACGCUGAUUACGCUUUCCAGAUCACGCGGGAAAAAAGCAUUUACGAGGUGCUCAAUAUGUUUGAUCAAGAUCUGACGCGGCGUUGUCUUGUUGGCGAGGGUUGGAUCCCUGAUGAUGAGUACCACACUGUUCAACUGGUCCUUCUGCGCUUAGUUGCCGACAAGCUGGGCCAUAAUAGACGAACCCUGCUGGUACUGGAAGUGAUAACCAUAGAUGAUGACGACGAAACAUUUGCAAGUGCUGUCAUUGACAGUGAUGAUCUUGUCGCUGUGAUGAAUCACCUUACGACCAAUCGUACUCCUCCCACCUACCACAGAACCAACAAAUUCACUGAAGCUUUUCAGGCAAUCAUUGAUGCCUAUGGGAUAGCCACUUAUCAAGAAGUUAAUCCGGGUUUGGCCACCAUCAUCACCUUCCCCUUCAUGUUCGCUAUCAUGUUUGGUGAUUUUGGGCAUGGCGUAAUUCUCUUCCUUAUGGCAUUGUACCUUGUCAUAAAUGAGAAGCUGAUUGGAUUAAUCCGCAAUCGGGAUGAAAUUUUCGACAUGGCUUACCUGGGUCGGUAUAUCUUGUUAUUAAUGGGGGGAUUCUCAUUGUACACUGGGAUAAUCUAUAAUGAUGUUUUCUCGAAGCUGAUGACAAUUUUCCCCAGUGGCUGGCAGUGGCCGGAAAAGUUUGAAGCUGGAGCUCAGCUUAUUGCCUCUAAGGUUGAAGGGUACACCUACCCAUUUGGUCUUGAUUGGGGCUGGCACGGAACUGAGAAUAACUUGUUGUUCACAAACUCAUACAAAAUGAAGUUGCUGGUGUUGAUGGGUUACAUCCACAUGAACUACUCGCUCAUGUUUCUGUUAGUAAACUUCCGCUUCUUCAAUCUGUGGGUGGACAUUGUCGGUAACUUCAUUCCCUCAUUCCUCUUCAUGCAGCUGAUUUUCGGCUAUUUGACGAUUACGAUCAUAUAUAAGUGGUGUGUCGAUUGGCUUGGCACAGGUCGUCAACCCCCUGGGUUAUUGAACAUGUUGAUCAAUAUGUUUUUAAGUCCUGGGAAGGUUGACGUUCCUUUGUAUCCUGGACAAUCGAUUAUUCAAGUGAUCCUUUUGCUUGUUGCUCUCAUUUGUGUGCCCUGGCUUCUCAUUUACAAGCCGUACGUGCUCAACAGACAACAUAAGCUGAUACUGCGGGACGGACCCCAAUAUUCUCAAUUGGACCAACAAUUGGAUCGGUUAGAUGGAGGAUCUCGUCACUCGGCGGACUCAUUUGACUUAGAGCUUGAACAUUUCCCCAAUGAGGAUUUGGCACUCGAUGCUGGUGGAGGCCACGGUCAUGGCGACGAAUUCAAUUUGGGUGACGUGGUCAUUCACCAAGUUAUUCAUACCAUUGAAUUUUGUCUUAACUGUGUCUCCCACACAGCAUCAUACCUUCGGUUGUGGGCUUUAUCGUUGGCUCAUGCCCAAUUGCUGACGGUUUUAUGGGACAUGACAAUACAAAAUGCAUUCGGUUCCACGGGGACCAAAGGGGUGAUCAUGACAGUAAUUUUGUUUGGUAUGUGGUUUGUAUUGACCGUGGCUAUCUUAGUGGUCAUGGAAGGUACGUCGGCUAUGCUUCACUCGUUAAGACUUCAUUGGGUCGAAGCCAUGUCCAAAUUCUUCCAAGGUGAAGGGUACGCAUUUACGCCAUUUAAGUUUAGUAUUGAGGUUAACUAG